AUGUUUGUGUUCCGUGUCCUAAACACGGUCCCCUAUACAAAUCGCGCUGGCGCGAAAGACCUAGUCGCAAGCAUCCACUCAUUCUUCACCUCAAACAUCCUCGUCGGCCUAGCUGUUCUAAUAUCAUGGAAACAAUUCGGUGGAACACCAAUCGAAUGUAUGGUUCCACUAGAUUUCACCAAUGCAUGGGUUCAAUAUUCGAAUAAUUAUUGCUGGGCUCAACCAACAUAUUUCAUCCCAUUCACAGCUCCAUUAGUCGAAGAAAUAACACCAGCUGAUGUUGUUGUCGAUGGAAUGGCAAGAGGAAAUGGUGAACCGAGAAUUGUGAAGAAAGGCGGAGAAAAAGUUUCGUAUUAUCAAUGGAUGUCAUUCUUCUUGCUUUUUGAAGCUGCUUGUUUUCGACUUCCAUGUUUUAUUUGGAAAUAUUUUGCGAGUCAAAGUGGAAUGCAAGUUGGAGAAAUUCUCCGAGUUUCGAGCGAUGAAAAUAAUGCAGUUCCACUUGUCAAAAAAGCCAAUAUCUCUGCUUUAUGUAUUCAUUUGAAAGGUGUUCUUCGAUUUCAAAAACGAUUGAAGCUUGUGAGUAAUUAUUUAAUCACAAUGUAUUAAUUAUCUCCAAAAAAAUUCCAGAAAAACAUAGUUCCUCACAAAUUCCUGCGAUUUUUGAACAUCAAAUAUUCCGCCUAUUACGUCACUUUCAUUUAUUUUGUGGCGAAACUCGCAUUUUUGGGAAACGUCAUUUUGCAAUCCAAACUUCUCACUCACUAUAUGUUGCCAACUGAAAAACAGUCGAGAUUCGGGUUUGAUAUGUGGAAGAAUAUAUUUUGGGGAAAUGGGGGAAAUGAGACGUGGCGGGAGAAUGGCGUUUUUCCCAGAGUUACUUUGUGCGAUUUUUCAGGUGAGUUUUGGAAAUGAAGUGAAAAAUUUUGGAAAAAACGUGAAAAAUUUUUAUUUUUGGGAAAAAAAUGAAAAAAAUCAUUUUAAAAAUUGAGAAAUUUUGAAAUGCAGCUGGAAUGUUUCUGAAAAUUUUAAAAAACGUUCUUGAAGCUAAAUAGUUUUCAUAUUUUGCUUCAAAAGGGGAUUUCCUAGAAUUUUGAGGUUUUUUCAAAAAAGUUCGGAUUUCGACUUUGCCACGUCAUAAAUCAUGUUAGCAGUUGAGAAAAAACUCAUUUUGAAAAUCAAGAAAUUUUGAAAUGGCAGCCAGAAAAGAAUAUUGUUAUGACGUGGAAAUUUUUUUUCUGAAAAUUUUUUUGAAGAUAAAUAGUUUUUCAUAUUUUGCUUCAAGAAGGGAUUUCCUAGAAUUUUGAGUUUUUUUUCAAAAAAAUUCGGAUUUCAACUUUGCCACGUCAUAACUCAAGUUGAGUUGCGUUUUUCACGCGAUUUUUUUAAAGAAAAUUCAAUGAAAAUGUCGAAAAAAGGUGACGUGAACUUUACACAAAUACGUGGAAAAUUAUUUCUGUUUUUGAGAAGGGAAAAAAAUUAUUUUAGAAAUAAAACAGUAACGAAAUGACUGGCUCGUGAGUUCCAAAUAUGUUAUAUAGUAGUUUUAGAGCUGCCUGAAAAAUAGUUUUCAUAUUCAACUUCGCCACGUCAUAACUCAUGUUGUGUUCUGCAAUUUUCAGAGAUCAGCAGGUCAAAAAUCACUAAAAAUAGCAUUCAAAAUUAAAAAUUUCCUCAAAAAAUCAAUCAAUAUUUUUUUCCAGACGCGAGACAUGGGAAACAUCCAAACACACACCGUGCAAUGUGUUCUCCUCCUCAAUUUAUUCACCGAAAAAAUCUUCGUAAUUCUCUGGGCCUGGUAUAUUAUCCUAACAACUUUCACCAUCGCCAAUCUCUUCAGUUGGAUUUUUGCGGUUUUCAAUGAAACCUAUAAUGAGCAUUUUAUUUUGAAUCGAUUGGAAAUGUGUGAAAUGCCUUUUGAUAAGGAGGAUAUUAGUAAGGUUUUUUAUAUUAAAAAUUAAUUUUUGGGAAUUCAAAAAAAAAACAAAAAAGUUCUAGAAAAUCGUGAACACGUCCAACGAUUCAUUCAAAAAUAUCUGGGAACCGAUGGGCUGUUCUUGCUACAACUUAUUGAUCAACACGCUGAUGUUGUUUUCACUACAGAGCUCAUCGGAGCUCUUUAUAAAAGUCAUUAUGAAAUUGAAGAGCAGAGGAAGUGA